GGAACCAUGGCUCCUAGGAAAGGAAAAGUACAAAAAGAGGAAGUCCAACUAUCCCUUGGACCCCAAGUACGUGAGGGAGAAAUCGUUUUUGGAGUGGCACAUAUCUUUGCCAGUUUCAAUGACACUUUCGUCCAUGUAACUGACUUGUCUGGUAGAGAAACCAUAUCCAGAGUCACAGGAGGCAUGAAAGUAAAAGCUGACAGAGACGAAGCAUCUCCCUAUGCUGCUAUGUUGGCUGCACAGGAUGUAGCUGAGAAAUGCAAAACAUUGGGCAUUACUGCUCUGCACAUCAAACUCCGUGCCACUGGAGGAAACAAGACAAAGACCCCAGGACCAGGAGCACAAAGUGCUCUCAGAGCUUUGGCUCGUUCUAACAUGAAAAUCGGCCGUAUUGAAGAUGUGACUCCUAUUCCUUCUGACUCUACCAGAAGGAAGGGAGGUAGACGUGGUCGUAGGUUGUAGAUGCAAAA